GGUUCUCAGACCAGAGUCACCUGUGUAGGACCCUCAGAGUCGCCGGUGAGGAUCAUCGGCGUUACCGACCCAAGUCUAUGGCGCCGUCCGAGCAGCGUGCACCGCGCGGGAGCUGUGCACAGGAGGAGUCCGACGACUCCGACAACUCCGACCGCCAGCGCCGCCAGAGGAGGCAGGAGAGUCUACAGCGGCGAGAAGAGCGUCAGCAGAGGAGGCACCGCAAGGAGCUGGUCGAGCGGCUGCUGUUCGAGCACGAGCAGCAGCAGCAGCAGCAGCAGCAGCAGCGCGCCGGCCACUGGGCCAGCCGGCAGUCGGAGUCGGGCAUGGCCUGUGAAGAGGCCGGAGCGGCGGCAGCGGCAGCGGCACCGUGCGGCGGCAGCGGCACCAGCAGCGGCACCGAGCCUACAGCGGCAGCGGCACCGUCCGGCGCCGCCGACCCGCACACGGACUCGGCGGACCGGGGCGCCGCCGCACCGCCCCUGGCCCCUGGCCGGGUCGCCACGCCCAGACGCCCACGGUCUCCGAGGAUCGCGCUGCCGACUUACCGCCGCACAGCCAGGAGGAUGGUGAAACUAGUGCCGCUCAAGACCGGCUCGAUUGCGACACCCCCGACCGGCCGCCAGCUGGCACUCGAAGACCUGGUGUUGGAGAGAGCCAAACAGAUAAUGCGAUUGAAGCUGCGAGUGCGCCGGCUGGAAGUCAAGUGUCUGCGCCUGAUGGGUGUCACCAAAGCUGGCGACAGAGCCGCUGAGAGCGCUGCUCCGGCCGCCGAGAUCGCUCCGGCCGCCGGCAGCGACAAGGCGGUCGGCGCGCGCAGCGGUGCACCCUAUGAGGACACUGAGGACAGCCCUCGCCCGGAGACGGCCGAGGCGCCGACCGUCGGCGGCCGCACGCUCACAGACGAGCCUCUGCUCAUCCUGCGCAAUGAUCCCGGCCCAAAGCUGCCCCCCAUCCUGACACUGUUAAAGGACAACCAGCUGUCCGAGCGCGCGGCCAACGCCGUGCCGUCCAACCUCCGCGAAGCAAAGGAGGUGAACCACCAGCUGAAGACGCAGUAUUUGAACCUGCAGGCUUCGGUGCUGAAAUGGGCUAUGCAGAACAAGGUGCACAAUGAUCGUUUGAUAGAGGCUGCAGAGAAAAGAAAGGCAUUGGCCGACUCCGCUCGCGACUCUCGCUUGCGUUACCUGUUGCGACUUGAAGCUGCCAUCAAAGACAUGUUUACUGAGGCGCAGAUCCGCCACAUUAUUCGUCGCUACGAGGAUUCUAGCGGCGUCUCGGCCGACAAACGGACAGUGAUCCAGUGGGGCGAGGCGGAUGUGCUUCGUAUGCUGGAACUGCGUGCCAUCAGUUCAGACACGGUGAUUAGGCACGUUCGAGACAAGAUGAACAUUCCCCUACCCACCCUGAAAACUGUCAAGCUUCGCUGCACCAAGUCGCCGGCACUAAGCGAGGCCUACGUUGAUAUGCUCCAAAAGAGUGAGGCGAACCAGAAGCGCUGUGACAUGUGUGAGCGUCAGGUGAGCACCAUUGACGAGGUGAUCGGCGACGGCGGCCCUCAGCCGCGCGCAGACGCCAACCGGUUUGGACGCUCGUACGAGCAGGGUGUCCCACAGCCCAGCCACAGGCUGCAGGGUGCCAGACCAAAGAAGCGGCGCACCACCGACACCGCUACGGUCAGUGGUGCCAAAAGUAGGCGCCGAGUGAGGCCGGCGCCCGGCUGGCUAGAUUCCUCCGACAGCUCCGUCAGCGGCGGCCAACUGUGCGGGCCGGGCGCGGCACUGUGCGGGGGCCGCGUGGCCGCAGCGCGCGCCGGCUGGAACCCAGAGGUGGUCGACACCAGAGCCGGCCUCCUCGACUCGUCGCCAGAUGGCCUCGGCGGACUGCAGCGCAGGUCCUGGAGCUGAACGGCGCCGGGGGCCAAGAGCGGGCAGCUCGCAGGGCCACCGAGCUCGCCGCAGUGCUGUCUAUGCUGCUAGUGCCUAGCCACCGAAGGUGCGUCCUUAGGUCGAUGGCGUGUUUCCAUGCGUUCCAGUUUUGAACUUUCCUUGGCAUUCUGUUCCGUGACAAGAAGUUACGUUUAUGCAGCCUUCGUGUUCAUGGAUGUUUCUGUUUAGGCGUCAAUACUUAAAAGUGGCUGGACGGCGAAGAAUUGGAUGUCAAAGCCAAGUUUGAAUUAAUCUCGCGUUUGUAAUUGUAUACUACGAGUCCAGUGCGCGCCGCGCGGCCAUUCACGUCACACAAAGCUUUGAAAAAUAAACGUCUAUUCAUUGCACAUAAA